AUGUCUUAUAAUACCUCUAAGUUUCCUUCCGAUGUUUCACGACUAUUCAAGCCAAGACCGCCAUUAGAAUACAAGAGACCAGUUGAUUAUCCACCUGAGAAGAGACAAACAUGUCCACAUAUUACAGGAGUUUCACAACUACUAGGAGAACAGCUAUCAUCUUACGUUAAUCAAUUCCCCCAGGGCUCAGAUAAUAAGUACCUGCAAAAGUACGAAGAGGCGUCUCAUGCAAAGGACAACGAAUACGCCAAGUUGAAUCAAGAGACUCGUGGAUGGGAACCUCAUAAAGAUCCAAACAUCAAGGAAACCGAUCCAUUCAAGACGAUAUUUGUUGGUAGAUUACCAUAUGAUACAACAGAGAUGGAACUACAAAGAGAAUUCAGUAAAUUUGGUGAUAUUGAAAGAAUUCGUGUCGUUAGAGAUAAAGUUACCAACAAAUCUAAAGGUUAUGCAUUCGUACUAUUCACCAAUCCACAGAGCAGUAGAAUGGCUUGUAAGGAGAUUGGAAUCCACCGAGGAUUAGAAAUCAAGGGUCGUAUCGCCAUUGUUGAUAUUGAAAGAGGGAGAACUAUCAAGUAUUUCAAACCAAGACGUCUUGGCGGUGGAUUAGGCGGCAGAGGCUAUACGAAAACUCACGGAUCGAUGACGUCAAAUGUACCGUCAAAAUUUGGUAACAGGCCUAUUACAACACCAAGACCAGCGUACAGCGGUCCCAGCAGAUUUUCUAGCAGUACGCCACUUCUUCCGAACGACUCAAAGAUACCUAAUCGAUAUGGGGGCAAUAUGGCAAGACGUCCUGGGCUAGGAGGAGAUGCAUCACCUUCUCAACCUCCUCCUGCUACUACUUCCUACAGAUCUAGAUAUUCAAGAACUAAAGAGACAAGAUCUACAAAUGUCGAAGAACCCGAUUACUAG